AGGCGGCCCCACGUGUACUGUGUUGAUUGUCAAAGUCUCAGGGAGCCGAAUUUCCGGAAGCCGUGAGUUCUGGAAGAAGUUCCUGCACUUGAGUGCCCGGGUCUGUGGAUCCUCAAUUAUGAGCGCCCCCGGCGUGCUGUCGUUUACCCAGCAAGGCUGGGAGCAGGUGCUGGCCAAAGUGAAACGGGCUCUGGUCUAUCUGGACGCCGCCUGCGCCGAGAGCCUGCACUGGGGCUGCGGAUCCACGCGGCUCCUGGAAGCAGUGGGGGGUCCUGCGUGUCACCUGCGGGAGUUCGAGCCCACCGCAGUUGGUGGCGGAGCCGACCAGCCCAAGGCGGUGUUUGUGUUGAGCUGCCUGCUGAAAGGCCGGACCGUGGAGACUCUACGGGACAUCAUCUGCCGCAGUCACUUCCAGUAUUGUGUGGUGGUCACGGCCGUGAACCAUGCUGUCCACCUGACGGCUAAUCACGUGCCGGCGGCGGCAGCGGCCGAGCUAGAGGGGCAGCAGCCGGUGUUCGAGCAACUGGAGGAGAAGCUGUGUGAGUGGAUGGGCAACAUGAACUACACCGCCGAGGUGCUGCACGUCCCGUUGGUGCUCGCCCCUGCUGCUCCCCACCUUGCCUUGACUCCAGCCUUUGCUUGCCUUUUUCCACUGCUACCCUGGGAUGUGCAUCUCCUUAACAGUGCCCGGCCGGACAAGAGGAGGCUGGGAAGCCUGGGUGAGGUGGAUGCCACUGCCCUGACCCCUGAGCUGCUGCUGCAGAUCAGGUGCCUGGUGUCAGGCCUCAGUUCUCUGUGUGAGCAUUUAGGGGUACGGGAGGAGUGUUUUGCUGUAGGUUCUUUCAGUCGGAUCAUCGCUGCAGAUCUGGCCAAUUAUGCCCCUGCCAAAAACAGGAGGAAGACUGCCGCGGGCAGGGCAUCCGUGGUCUUUGUGGACAGAACUCUGGAUCUCACAGGGGCGGUUGGACAUCAUGGAGACAACUUGGUAGAGAAGAUCAUUUCAGCGCUUCCCCAGCUUCCAGGCCACACCAGUGAUGUGAUGGUUAACGUGGUAGAGCUCACUGCACUCCACACUGAGGAGGCGGGUCAGAAUGUGGUAGCACCAGGCUGUCUUGCACAAUCCAGUGACACGGCAGCCAAAGCCCUGUGGGAAGCUUUACUGAACACCAAGCACAAAGAAGCAGUGAUGGAAGUCCGGAGACAUCUAGUGGAAGCAGCAAGCAGAGAAAACCUGCCAAUCAAGAUGAGUGUGGGGAGAGUCACUCCGGGGCAGCUCACAUCCUAUAUUCAGCUCUUCAAGAACAACCUUAAAGCUCUAGUGAAUCACUGUGGUCUCCUACAGCUUGGGCUGGCCACAGUUCAAACUCUGAAACACCCGCAGACUGCCAAGUGGGACAACUUUCUGGCUUUUGAAAGACUCCUUCUCCAGAACAUUGGGGAGUCAACAAUGUCUGUUGUGUUAAGUCAGCUGCUGCCCAUGAUUAAGCCUUCAAACCAGAGGACCAAGGAUGACUACAGCCCUGAAGAGCUGUUGAUCCUCCUGAUAUAUAUUUAUUCCGUCAGUGGAGAGUUCACAGCAGACAAAGACCUGGGUGAAGCUGAAGAAAAAGUGAAGAACACAUUGGCUCAGGUCUUUUGUGAGGAGUCUGAAUUAUCACCUUUGCUGCAAAAAAUCGCAGGCUGUGACUCUUCAAUUAACCUGACAUUUCACAAGUCCAAAAUUGCCGUGGAUGAACUCUUUACUUUGCUUCGGGAUAUUGCUGGAGCUCGGAAUCUCAUGAAACAGUUUAAGUCUGUAUACGUUCCUGGAAAUCAUACCCACCAGGCAUCCUAUAAACCAUUGUUGAAGCAGGUCGUGGAGGAAAUAUUUAAUCCUGAAAAGCCAGAUCCGGUUGAUAUUGAACACAUGUCUUCAGGCCUCACCGAUCUCCUUAAAACUGGAUUUAGCAUGUUCAUGAAGGUGAGCCGGCCUCAUCCCAGUGAUCACCCUCUCCUGAUCUUCUUCGUGGUGGGCGGAGUCACAGUCUCAGAAGCCAAAAUGAUCAAAGACCUUGUGCCAUCCCUAAAGCCAGGAACCCAGGUCAUUGUGCUGUCCACACGACUCCUGAAGCCACUUAACAUUCCUGAGCUGUUAUUUGCAACUGACCGGCUGCAUCCAGACCUGGGCUUCUGAGCAUCUGCUAAGGUGAGACCUACCUGAGCUGGAAAUACCCAUACUCUUGUCUGUCACCAUGCAAGAUAUGCCUCGAAAGCCAGCGUCCCUGUUCCCAGUUGUGGGUAUGACUGAAUUCUGCCGGAAGGGUCUUGAUAACCACACAGCAAAGUACUUUGCUUGGAUUGCCGCGCUUCUUAAAAAAAAAUUUUCUUUCAUUUUUCCUAAAGGUGUCAAACUGCCUUUCAGUUGGCCUAAUUCAUGAUAAUUCCCAUUUAUCCUUAACUCUCUGUGAUCUUCCUGAUUCCACCUGCAAGUUCAUUAAUUAUAAAUAAAUGCCCAUUGGCGUGUGUUACAAGCCGCUUGAUCUGCAGUUGCUCAAGAAGAAGCUAGACGUGCUUUAGAAUUGUGAGUGUGAGGAAAGUUUGGUUUUUCUUAAGAUUAUAUAACUGAGGAGGGAACAUUGCAAAUAGGAUCUGAGGCUUUGUUUCUCUCUUGAUCAGAGACAUUUCUGGAAAGCGAGGCCGGGAGGGAUGGCGGCUAGAGCAGUGCGGGCCGGCUGCCUGCAUUGUAAGUUGGCCGCCACAACAAAGGCUGCAUUGUUCCAGCUUGCACCCGGCAGGGCCGCCAGAGUGCUUGGGACAGUGGUGGGAGAGAGGUUGAUUGGAGGGCUGUCUCUGCCUGUAAGAGGUUUCCUUCCCUUCCAAAGGAAGGCCCAAGAAAGUGAUCUGGUCCCAGGGAGGCUAGAUAGGAACCCCAACCCCUGUGACUUUUGUGACUUAGCAUUUCUAUUGAAAUAUAAAGCUUUCUUUUCUGUAAAUCUAGCUUUUCCUCCUGGCCAUAGCAGGAAAACCUGGAUUCACCUAGUGAAAUUAUAUAAGAACUCGGGCAAAAAUUCACUGCUUGGAGCCCACACGUUUGUAGGUGUAUGAUUGAUGGAAAUCUCUAGCAUCUCUAAAAGAUGUUUGUAAUAAAGAGAUAAAGCUGAAAAACAAUUUCUAGUGUGGAUUAAAAAGGUAGAGAAAAUAAAAUGUAAACCAAAACACU